UGUGCUCGCUGCUUAUCAGGUGACGGUCGAGUCGGGUUUUGUACGAUCAGAGAACACGCCAGUAAAAAAAGUUCGUUGUGCGAUCUUUCAUUUUCCCUGAAAAAUAACACGUAUACGUAGUGUGCCCCCCUACGAAAGGGUUGUGAUACAUCAAAAGGGGAUUAUUAUCCAUUAAUAAAUCAACCAAUCAUGAAUGCAAAGUUCAAUCUGUGCCGAUGGACACUGCUGGUGCUCGGCGUCUUCUGUCUGCUGAAUGAGUCCUCGGGCAACUACUGCUCCCUGGAAAAAAUGAAGAAGUUCGCUAUGGAGGCCUGCGAGCAUCUGUUUCAGCAGGACGAAGCUGGACGGCGGGACAAGCGGUCCAUAGAGUACAGCCAUCACCAUCUGAAUCGCCUGGGAUUCGGCAAACUGCACGGAAAGCACCAUUUAAUCAGCCGUAGUAGCUAUCCCAUUGGUGGCUAUCUGAAGGUCACCCGGGAACAUUUCCGCCGUCUCAGCGAUCUGGAUGUGGUGCCACGCUACAAGCCUAAGAAGGUCCAUCAAGAGAAGAUGGGGCGCUUCAAGCGGGAUCAUGGCUCCAUCACGUACAACAACAUACCCUACUGCUGCUUCAACCGCUGCGACGAGGAGUUCUUCUGUUAGGCGAACACAUCCACAUCAUCUGACUCCGUCCAUAGCUUAGAUUAGUUUAUACACACACACACACACACACACGACUACAAGACGCGCUCACUCUUAUAGAGUCCGGUACCUUAUUUGUUCCCCCUUGGAAGGGACCAAAAAUCUUGCCACAGUAUUCAUACAUUUAGGUAGAUUAAUAUUUAGUUGUUAAGACGGGCAAAUGUUACCCAAAAUAUAUAGAAAUACAUUAAAAAAAAACAGACAAAUCUUAAUAAAGAUAAUA